AUGCAGUCACUCGUUUGCUUGUCCCUUUUUUUCGCCCAGGCAGCCUAUGGCUCCCUCGACCAGCGCCAAGUCCGUCUUCCUAGUUGUCAGGAUGAGGACAAUUGCGGAUUCGCCGUGACCGGAACCAGCCGUCCGGCCGUUUUCCAGACGCUGGCACGCGAGGAUUGCUCCAGCUACAUGACGGACACGACCACAUUCGGACAUGUGACGGAGACGACGGUCUCGACAACGACCGUCACGCUUCUGUACAAUGGCACAACCACGCUAGCCAAGCGGGCAACCACGGCUCCCGAGCCGACCGGCAAGAGCGUCCCCUGGUACGCCUGGCCUUGUGACAUCGAACGGUACGCCGAAGUAUGCUCCUGCUUCGGCUACCCCGCCGCAACAGCCACAGUGAGCGCAGCGCACUAA